AUGUCAGCGAGAAUUUUUUCAACAGACGAAGCCUUCAAUGCUUUUGGCCAUUGGCUAGUUUCACACGGCGGCUUCAUUCAUGGGUCUUUAACAUUCACCCCACCUGACUCCAAGUAUGGCUCGCGCGUGAUCACCUGCACCGAUAUACCAUCGCAUUCCCAGUUGAUUAGCUGUCCUCACACCCUAACAAUAAAUUAUACAAAAGCUCGUUCUGCAUUUUCAGCAGACUUCAUCACCAACACCACUCAACAUGCCGCCCUUUGUAUGUUUCUUUGCCUGGAGUGGUUGAAGGGCAAGGAAUCAUUCUGGUGGCCAUAUCUUUGCGUCCUGCCGAGGGAAUUUGAUACACCGCUCUAUUUUUCUGAUGAAGAUCUUCAGUUCUUACAAGGCUGUAACCUCGAGGCGACUGAGGUAGAGGCGAGAAAAUUGAUUUGGCGGGAAGAAUUUGAGGCCGCGGUGUCCAUUCUUCAGAGAGAGGGAUACGACACAGAAUACUACACAUGGGAACUAUACUUGUGGGCUUCUACUAUUUUUACGUCAAGGAGUUUCCCCGGAAAGUUGAUGGAUUGGGACCGAAUAAUUGUUCAUGAGGACGAUACCAUGCCGAUUUUAUUCCCAUUAAUAGACAGUUUGAAUCAUUACCCGGCUACAAUAAUUACAUGGCAACCUAGUGAUACCUCCCUGAGAAUAAUAUCCGGUGUGGGUGUUUCUGCAGGAGCUGAGGUGUACAAUAAUUACGGGCCCAAGGCAAAUGAAGAGUUACUAAUGGGUUACGGUUUUACUCUCCUCCAAAAUCCCUUCGAUUCCUUCCUCCUCAAAUCCUCCCCGCCGCUUACCCCAUUGCAACACUCCAUCCUCGGCGAGUCACCGACGGGCCUCUACCACCUAACGCCCCGCAACCGUACCCCGGAAAAUCCGUCCAUCUACCCAUCCUCGUUACUAACCCUCAUAUACAUCCUAACCAGCACUCCAACGGAAGCCUCUUGCAUGCUCACCACCCAGCCAACCAAACCCGCGACCAAGCGCAAUGAGUUAUCGACACACAUAACCCUUCUCCAUGCUCUCCUCCGAAAGCACCAAAACUUUCCCCUUACCCUCCCGGAACCACGGAACUCAAAGCAAGCCUCAGCAAAGAUAUACGCUGAUAGCCAACGCUCACUAAUACUCUCCGCGAUCGGAGAAUCCAAGGACAUCAUAAACUCCCACACCACCAGUAGCGGUCUAAUACGCCUGCAAUCCGCCCUCGGAAGAGCAGGGGGGGCUGACAUGGCUUUCGCAGCAGCGAUCGAGUCCUGCUUUGGCAGUGCAGAUGUACAGGAGCUGAUGGAGGCUGGGCAAGAAGACGUUGUGUUUAUACUAUACCUCUGCCACUUAUCCCUUACCGAGAAGGGCUUCCGGUUACCAGUCUGUCCGACGAGCUCACCAGAAGCCACUCAGUCCGCGCAGGAGCUGCACGAGGGGUUAUUCCCGGCAGUAGUGAACGCCGCGCCGGCGGUCUUUGGAGGGGAAGGGUGGACUGUGGAUCUUUUGCACAGGGGCAUGGAAGCGUAUGCUAAUAUGGGGAUUCGUUUCCCAGAGAUCGAGGGAUUGGUGGUGGCGGGGGAGUAUGCGGUUUGUCUCGAGUGAGGGGCUGUGAUGUAGCACCAUAAUAUCUAUAGUAAAAUACCAAAAGGUGCACCAGAAA